AAAGGGAAGAAAAAAAAAAACAGCACCAUAUAAAAGAAGCUCCUUUGAGAUUUCUAAAAUUCAUACCAAAACCUUCUAGGUAAGGGAACUUACCAGAUUUGGUAUCUGAUCUUCAGUGAUGGACCCAGAAGCAACCUCGGUUUAUUUGGAUUAUUACUAUGCUACCAGUCCAAACUCUGAUGGCAAGGAGACCCACUCCCACAUUCCUUACACAUCUGUCUUCCUUCCCAUCUUUUACACAGCUGUGUUCCUGACUGGAGUAUUGGGGAACCUCAUCCUGAUUGGUGCAUUGUAUUUCAAACGUGGCAGCCGACGAUUAAUUGACAUCUUUAUCAUCAACCUGGCUGCCUCUGACUUCAUUUUCCUUGUCACAUUGCCUCUCUGGGUGGAUAAGGAAGCAUCUCUAGGACUGUGGAGGACAGGCUCCUUCCUGUGCAAAGGAAGCUCCUACAUGAUCUCAGUCAACAUGCACUGCAGUGUCUUCUUGCUCACUUGUAUGAGUGUUGACCGGUACCUGGCCAUCAUGUGUCCAGCCAUAUCCAGGAAAUUCAGAAGAAGAGACUGUGCAUAUGGAGUCUGUACCUGUGUCUGGCUUGUCUCCUGCCUUCUGGGGUUACCGACUGUUUUGUCCAGGGAGCUCACAUUGAUUGAUGGUAAGCCAUACUGUGCUGAGAAGAGGGCUACUUCAGAAAAAUUGACAUGGGCCCUGGUAGCCUUAAUAUUCACUUUUUUUGUCCCCUUGCUGAGCAUUGUGACCUGCUACUGUUGCAUCACAAGAAAGCUGUGUGUCCAUUACCAGCAAUCAGGAAAGCAUAACAAAAAGCUGAGAAAAUCCAUAAAGAUCAUCUUUAUUGUCGUGACAGCCUUUGUCUUCUCCUGGCUACCCUUUAAUACUUUCAAGCUCCUUGCCAUUAUUUCUGGAUUGCAGCCAAAACUCCAUUUUUCUUCAGCUCUUCUCCAGCGGGGCAUGGAGGUGAGUGGGCCGUUGGCAUUUGCCAACAGUUGUGUCAACCCUGUCAUUUACUACGUGUUUGACAGCUACAUCCGCAGGGCUGUUGUUCGCUGCCUGUGCCCUUGCCUGAAGAACUAUGACUUUGGGAGCAGCACUGAGACAUCAGAUAGUCACCUCACUAAGGCUCUUUCCAACUUAAUUCACACAGAGGACUUUGUUAGAAGGAGGAAGAGGUCUGUGUCACUCUAAAAUGAGUUGUGACAUUUCAAGACUUGUUGGUGCUCGUCAGGAAUAAUUUUUAUCAGCAACAAAGAAGAAAAGCAUUAAAGAUAAGAUUCAUAUUGCUUGAUUAAAUCCAAGGAAGAUUUCAUUUUUAGAAUGAACACCAAAAUACAUUGUGAAUAUAAUAAGCCACGUACUGUAUUUUCAGCUAAGUGACCUUAUUUGAACCUUGCAAUCAAGUCAACAAGGCAAAAUACAAUUCUCAUCUGUCCUUUGAACUCUUAGAUAAAGGCUCCUGCUUGGACCAGUUGCUGUCUUCAUGAUUAUUAAUGUACUUUAUCGCCUUUUUUUUCUCAAGAACUAUGAUAUUUCAACCAGACCUCCCUUCAUAUUACCUUUAAAAGAUUCUGCCCACACUCAUCUGGUAAGAAAUGUGGUGGCAGUGUAGGUAACAAAAUAUAGAGUAGACCUGUUCUCUGUAAUUGAUUGUUCCCAAGUUACUAAGAUAUUCUGGCCACAGUCUUUAAAAUCUGUUACAGUAAUUUUUCAUCAUCUUCCAGUAUAGACUUUCCUCCUAUGCCCAUUCACAAUAGCUUUGGACUGUCAAGAUAAAGCUCAUGAGGAAAAAUCAUUUUGAAAUGUGUUUAUGAUUUAGGAUUUUAUCACUUGGUCAUCUAGAAUAUAGUAAAAGUAAGCAUAUUAUAUUGUUAGAAAUGCAUGUUGUUAUAAUGCUCUAGUAACUUUUUAAUGGGGUUAUGCCAUGCUCUUUAUUUUCGUUGCCUUUAUAAGUCAGGAUUUGACUUUGCUUUAAUUUUAUGUUUUAAUUACCUGUUGUCUAGUCAUCAAAUGACAAUGUUACUACUAAUAUAAUUAGAGCUAGACAAAUACUUAGACCCACCCCCAUACAGAUUAUUAUUUUGUUUUCAAUUAAAAUAUUAAUUCUGUACAUUCCCUAUAGCAUCAUUUGAUUGAUAUAAUCUGAAGAUGAAAUCUAAUAACAUUGGAAGACAGGAUGAUUCAAAUUGAAAAAUGUAUACAAAUGUAAUCAGUGUUUUUAUAUGCAUUUUUCCAAAUCUAGAAACUCUCUUGGGUUCUUUACCUAAUAAAAUAUUUAACAAGUCAUUAGAUACCCAUAUUCCUUUUAAAGACUUUAAGAUGGACAACAUGUGAUUAGCAGCAACCAGAAAAGGCUUUUCAGCAGCAAGUAUACUAUUAUAAACAUCUUUUGAGUAAAGGAAAGAGUGGAUUGUUUUUACCCCACUGAUGACCUAAAUGAAUUACCAUUUUAUUUCUAAGUAUUAGAUUAGAAAUAAGGAAAAACUUAAGAAUCUUUUCAGAGACCAGGCAAUUUAAUUCUAUCCCAUGUUUCUCUCACAUUAAGUGAAUUCUCAAAUAUUGGACAUUGUCUUAUAUCAUAACCUGUUUAGAAGUUGAAACAGUUAUUGGUUAAUUUUUUAAAUUUCUCUUAAACCUCUCUUUAAAAAGAGAU